AUGAGCCCAUCUCGCUUCUCCCGCUGGGGCGUUGUUUUUGUGGUGCCUAACCGUCCCCCAACGUGGCCUCCUCCAGCCUGUUCCAGGGCCAGCCCGGGGCCCCCGGGGACACAGACUCCUCGCGGGCUCACAGACGCAGAGACGCAGAGUCGCAGAGUCGCAGACUGGUCGAAACAAGGCGGAGUUGGGGCCGCUGAGUGGACUCGAGUCGAGAGGGAGGCGGUCGGUUUCAUUGCGGAGUGGACGGGGUGCUGGGCUGGGAUGGGGAUGGGAUUGGGGAUCGGGGAAGCUUCCCUCUCCGCAUCACCGUCAAGUCUCAACCAACUCUGGCUACGUAUUGUUGUACUGUACAGUCCUCUUGGUUUGUCCUCCCUUCCUGGGACCCUCCGUCUCGACGACAAUUACACCGACCACCCAUUAUACAUCAGACAUCGUGUACCGGCCAUACAUCAUCCUCCCGCUGACCCCGUCGCGAAACUCGGACUCGCGCCGCCUUCCGGCUCCCGCCAUCAUUCUUGUCGACAUCACGCUUCCACUCUUCCACGCUUCACUCGUCAACUCGGUUCACCGGCCAAGAGGGAAAGUUCCCCAUCACAUUCCCCCGCUGGAAGAAUACGGGCACAGUACACUCGUGAUUUGGAAGAAACGGAAUCGAACAACUUUUCGACUCCAGUGCGCGCACCCGCGCCUCUUUGUCUUUUGUCUGUAAUAGAACCAGACUCGGAUAGCCUUCGGGACUGUGCCAUCGGGACUUCGACUUCGACGUCGACUUCGAUUUGCAUUGGGUGCGAAAACUUGCAUGGCCCGCCCGCCUCACUGUCCGCUUCACGCAGCGUUGCCUAUUAUUGCGAGCCCAGGGCAUUGCGCAGUCGCAUCGCUCGUCACGACUCGAGAUACAACGGCGCUGACCUCCGUGCGCUGACCUCCGUGCCAUACCACCUAGAGGAGGUGUUCACCCACCCUCCUUCGCACCAUAAUAUACACUCCUUCGGCGAGGCUGCGCUUGCAGCCAGAAGCCAGGAAGAUGGGUUCGUGCUUGAGCUCCAACGCGGAAGAGUCCGAGCAGAAGAAGCGGAGCCAGAUGAUUGA